GUGAAUUGGUAGCUGAUAGAGUGAUCGUCGUCUGCUCGCUCGUUUGUUCGAUAACAAUCUCCAGAGUCCCCGCCGCUGCUUCGCUCUCUGCAACAACAACAAAACCUCCAUAGCCCUAUCCGUUCGUACCAACAACCCUACCUCUAUGCCCUUCUAACUUCCAGCUCGCUCUCACCAUAUGGGCUCCACUUCGGCCAUCUCUCUCUGCUCUCAACCCAAGAUUUUACUGCGGCCCCAAAGGCCUGGGAGUGCUUUUCUGCGCUAUCGUGGGCAGGGCGUGGUUUUACCUGCUAUCCUACCGCGAAGGAGGAGAUGCUUGGCUGUAAAAGCCGCUUCUAGGCCAUCCGGUGCUCGAAGAGUGUACAGAGAAUCGCAGAGCGGAGGCUCAUUGUCUGUUGCUCCUGUCAAGCAGCUUGCUUCCUUCGUUGUUCCCGCCGCCUCCUUCUUGGCCGUCACUUUUGCUGACAGUUUUGUGGAAAUUGGUGGAGAAAAUUCUUGUUCCAAAGCGUCAGAGGACUUCAUCGGUAGAGAGCAAUACGCCCGCACAAGGGAUGAAAUGGUCUUUUGCUGCCGGUACGAAUCUGUUAUCGGGUCUGGGGCAAAGAUUGAAAGAGAGUCAAAGCUGAAGCUCAAUGACUUUGCCAAAGAACUUAGGUCAUUCAGAAGUGUUGACCUGUCAGGACGUAACUUUGGAGAUGAAGGGUUGUUUUUUCUUUCAGAGAGUUUGGGUUACAAUCAGACUGCUGAAGAAGUAAGUUUUGCUGCAAAUGGAAUAACUGGAACUGGAAUGAAAGCCUUUGAUGGUGCUCUUCAAUCUAACAUCAUGUUAAAAACUCUUAAUCUUUCCGGAAACCCUAUUGGAGAUGAGGGAGCUAAGUGCCUAUGUGAUGUAUUGGUGAAUAAUAAUGGUAUUGAAAAGCUCCAACUAAACAGUACUGACAUAGGGGAUCAGGGCGCAAAGGCUAUUGCCGAAAUGUUGAAGAAAAAUUCAAACUUACGUGUUCUCGAACUUAACAACAAUAUGAUUGACUACUCUGGAUUUACAAGUCUUGCUGGAGCUCUUGCUGAGAAUAACACAAUACGAAAUCUACAUCUGAAUGGCAAUUAUGGUGGCGCCCUGGGGGUCAAUGCUUUAGCUAAAGGACUUGAAGGGAACAAGUCUUUAAGGGAACUUCAUUUGCAUGGUAAUUCUAUUGGAGAUGAAGGAGUGAAUGCUUUGAUGUCAGGUUUAUCAUUGCAUAAAGGUAAACUUACACUUCUGGACAUUGGCAACAACUCUUUUACUGCUAAAGGUGCUUUUCAUGUUGGUGGAUAUAUCAAAAAGACCAAAAACUUGUUAUGGUUGAACCUUUACAUGAACGAUAUAGGCGACAAGGGAGCUGAAAAAAUUGCAGAUGCUUUGAAGCAAAACCGGACGAUAACAACCAUAGACAUGGGUGGAAAUAACAUCCAUGCCAAGGGAGUCACUGCAAUAGCUGAAGCAUUGAAAGAUAAUUCUGUCAUUACGUUCUUGGAACUCGGUUACAAUCCCAUGGGACCUGAUGGGGUGAAGGCUUUAUCAGAAGUUCUCAAAUUUCAUGGAAACAUAGAAACCCUUAAGCUUGGUUGGUGCCAGAUUGGUGCAAAGGGUGCAGAGUUCAUCGCAGAUAUGUUAAAAUAUAAUACCACAAUACGUGUUCUGGACUUGCGGGCAAAUGGACUUCGAAAUGAAGGUGCAUCGUGCCUGGCUCGUAGCUUAAAAGUUGUUAAUGAAGCUUUAACUUCAUUAGACCUAGGGUUCAACGAAAUUAGGGACGACGGGGCAUUUGCAAUUGCUCAAGCACUCAAGGCUAAUGAAGAUGUGACAAUCACAUCUCUGAAUGUAGCCAGCAACUUCCUCACCAAAUUUGGACAGAGUGCUUUGACAGAUGCAAGAGACCAUGUAUAUGAGAUGAGUGAAAAGGAAAUCAACAUUUUUUUCUAGAGGGCUUUCCUCAAGCUCGAAACAACACCGUUCCCGUGGUUCAUUCUUUCCCCAGGAAGCAUUGGCAAGAACUCCAAAGUCCAAGCUCUUGGUUGAAGUUUUUGAGUUCUUAUCAACUUCAGCUUACCGGGAACAAUUGGAAAUUUUGACGUUGAGAGAUCUUAGUUAGCUCUUCAGAUAUAUAGGCAUUGUUUGUUCAUAAAGGUUUUCAUUUUUGUUUCUUUGAAUUUUGGUGGGUGGUGGUGGGGGGUGUUGUUCAUCCUUAAAGAGUUAAAAUGAUUCUAAAAGCUUGUAUCUGUCAAAUGUACUGUUAAAUAUUCAGACAAGCUUUGUAAUGAUCUUAGGGCUGGUUUGGUAUUGAUGUGCUUUGAAACAAAACUGCUUCUGCUGUGCUGUGAGAAUAAGCAGCUGGGAAAUAAAGCAGCAAAGUGUUUGGUAAA